UCUGUCUGUCCGUCUGUCUGUUUACCUUCACACCAUUGCAUUGCCAAACUGAUGCAUUUCCGCCUUUCGCGAUCAAAAUAGGUAAUUUGAUGGCCGAGGUGAUCACAUCCAACAGUUAUGAAGAGGCUCGUAAUAGACAACUACUUGAUAACAAAAAGAAAUUUGAGGAUCUUGGAAUCUUGAAGAUUUCUAAAACUCUGUCAGAUAUCUCAAAUUCUGAGAAGAAGUUCAAGCAACGUGAAGUGAAACCAAAAAUAAGGAAUGCCGAAAUAAUAGAACCAAGGCGUUCAACACGUGCACGUAACCCCAUUGUGACAUACCAAGAUGAGGUUGAUAUUGGCCUCCCACGCAUCAGGAGAUCAAAAUCCAGUUCAUCAUGGGCAAGCUAUCUUGCGAGACCGCUGGAAGAAGUCAAAAUGGCAUCAUAUGAAGAUAGGGUUCGAGCAAUGAAGUUCGCUGAGAAACUUCAAAGCAAUCUGCAGUCUGAAUAUCCCUCUUUUGUGAAGUCAAUGGUCCGUUCUCAUGUUUACAGUUGCUUUUGGCUGGGUCUACCUCAGCCAUUCUGCAGGAAGCAUCUUCCCAAGUCUACUGUGAAUAUCAUGCUAGAAGAUGAGGAAGGCAAUGAAUAUGACUCUGUGUUUAUUAGUGGGAGAACUGGAUUAAGUGGCGGAUGGAGAGCCUUUGCAUUAGAACAUAAACUAGACGAUGGUGAUGCUUUGGUGUUUGAAUUGGUUGAACAAACUAGAUUCAAGAUUUACAUAGUUAAAGCAUCAGAUUGUGGUAGUCAAGUUGAUUAUGUUGAUAGUGUUGAUGAAGAAGCUGUUGAAACCAAAAAGACUUCAAGGCCAACAAAGAAGCUCAAAAAGACAAUAGAAAUUGGGAAGAAACCGGCUUCAAAAAACAGCACACUAAAUCAAGAGGAAGAAGAGGAUGAUAUGUCCAAUGUCGACAAUGAAGCUGAGGAAACCAAGAAGCCUUCAAUGCCAACUAAGAAGCUCAAAAAGGAAAUCAACAGUCCAGCAGAAAAUGGGAAGAAACCAACUGCAAAAAAGAGUGGUGAAAGCAGGAAACUAAACAAGCCAGAGGAAGCUGUGACAGGAACUCGGCGUUCUACCAGGAACCGAAAUUGAGAAAUGAAUUUGGAAAAGUGUAGAAACAUUAAGCUUAUGGAGCUAAGUAAUAAUAGACAUUUUUGAUGGUCUAUA